GCAGCGCCGGGCGGGAACCCGCUCACUGCGGGAGGGGGAGAUGAGGUGGCGGCUGCUUUCCCUUCCCUCUGACAGCUGAAUGAUUUUUUAAACAUUCUGGUUUAUUUUUCCCUCAGGUUUUCGUGACCAGCAUUGGGGGAGCCGGGAGAUUUUGUGGCCGCUGGCAUAUUUUUAUUUGAAAUUGCUGUCAGUGGACGUUUCUCCUCCUGCUCCAGCAUCGCUGUCCUGUUCACAGCCAUUAAGACUUAAGAAGCUUGAUUCUCUAAGGCUCGUAUCCAAGGGCAUCAGUCAUUAACACACUGAGCUACAUCUGCUUCUUGGCUAAGACUGAAGAAAGACAUCUUAAGCUGGAAAUCCUGCUUGCUUGCUCACUCGCUCGCUCUCUAGUGCAUACGGAAGGGGAAGCAGAUGCAGCUGCAGGUUGCUUUUUUUUCCUGUACUCCAAAAGGCUGCCUCACUUCGGAGAUGCAGUGACAAGAUAAUGGAGUGAAAGUCUCCCAUUUCUAGGGAAGAAAACUGCAGGAAUCUGACAGAGAAAGGAAGGAGCAAGUUAAAUAACAGCAGAAAUAGGGAGGAGGACAGUGGUGAAGAACUGAAAAUAAAAUUGGAGGGAACAGGUGGAAGGCUGGCACAAAGCUGGGAGAGAUUUUAGACUGAAAGUGGGGUGUAUUUUUUUUCCCCUUUUUUCCUUUUCCUAUCUCUUUGUUGUUGCUGUUGUUUUGUUUUUAUUGUUGGUUUAAAAUUCUAAGCUGGUUUUGGAGAUCCCUGCAGUAAACCAGGCUGCUUUAGUGUAGAGCAGCUUCCCCAACGUGUCCUUUUCUCUCUCCCUGCCUCCUGUCUCUGCUCUUGCUGCUGCUGACAGAAACGUGUUAGGAAAGCAGAAAGAGAAAAUGCCAGCCAUCCUGGUAGCCUCCAAAAUGAAAUCGGGACUACCUAAACCCGUACACAGCGCUGCUCCAAUCCUGCAUGUCCCAACGGCCAGGACUAUCCCACAGCCCUGUUACCUGAAGUUUGGGAACAAGGUGGAGGUGACGAAGCCAUUGUAUUCCAGCCAGAUUCCUCUCAAAUCUCCUAAUGGACAAGAAAACGCAGGAGAUGGACUCCCACCAAGGAAGAGCAUCUCGGUAGAAAAUGGAUUUGACACACAGAUUUACACGGAUUGGGCUAAUCACUAUCUAGCAAAAUCUGGUCACAAGAGAUUGAUAAAGGAUCUACAGCAAGAUGUGACUGAUGGGGUCUUACUAGCUGAAAUAAUCCAGGUUGUAGCAAAUGAAAAGAUUGAAGACAUCAAUGGCUGCCCAAAAAAUAGGUCUCAGAUGAUUGAAAACAUAGAUGCAUGCCUGAGUUUCUUGGCUGCCAAGGGCAUUAACAUACAGGGCCUGUCAGCAGAAGAAAUCAGGAAUGGGAAUCUAAAGGCCAUCUUGGGCCUUUUCUUCAGUUUAUCUCGAUACAAGCAACAGCAACAGCAGCCACAGAAGCAGCAACCACACCACCAUCCGUCCCAGCAGCCUUCCCCAGUACCCCAGCAAGCAGGGCCUCCAUCCCAGUGCCAGGUCGCGGUACCACAGCAGCAGGUACCGGCUUCGCUCCAGACUCCGUGCCAACAGCCCCUGCAGCACCAGUUCAAAGCACAGCCAGAAAUGCAAUCCAGACUUCCAGGCCCCACCACGAGGGUGUCCGCUGCAGGCAGUGAGGCCAAAGCUCGUGGUUCUAUCAGUGCCAACAAUCGACGCAGCCAGAGCUUUAACAAUUACGACAAAUCAAAGCCUGGACUUCCCCCUCCAACACCAACAAGUAGCAAUGACAAAGAGCCUGCGGACAGUACAGCCUCCCAGCCCACAGGAAUGAAUGAAAAUGUCUCAUCCUCAGUUCAAAGCUGCAGCGGUACUGUUAGUUGCAAUAACUCAUCAGCCAUCCCUCAGCCCAGCUCUGCUAUUAAACCCUGGCGCAGCAAGUCCCUGAGCGCUAAGCACACAGCUACGUCUUCCAUGCUAUCCGUAAAGCAGCCCGUAUCGGAGCCUCCAAAGCCACCCUCAGAAAUCGCCAAAACAACUCCCAAUGGUCAAAAAUCCAUGCUGGAAAAACUCAAACUCUUCAAUAGCAAAGGAGGCUCCAAAGCAGGAGGGACAACACUCGAGUGUCCAGGGUCUCGCGACAACAGUUGUGAAAAGCUCGAGACGCUGCUCAGCCUUGAGGAAAGCGAAGAAAUUGAUGCCGCGAAUCAGAAUGUGAACAACCUGGGGUCAAUGUCCAGUAGUCCCAAAAUUGCACUCAAGGGAAUCGCACAAAGGACUUUUAGCCGGGCACUGACUAAUAAGAAAAGUUCUCCGAAGGGUAAUGAGAAGGAGAAAGAGAAACAGAAAGAGAAAGAAAAGGAUAAAAGUAAAGACAUUGCGAAGAGAACAUCUGUCACUGAAAAGCUGGACCUGAAAGAGGAACCAAAAGAAGAACAGACAGCACUAGCAACAACAGAGAUGCCAAAAAAGUCCUCCAAGAUUGCAAGCUUUAUCCCUAAAGGAGGGAAGCUGAAUAGUGCCAAGAAGGAGGCCUCUGCCCCUUCGCACAGUGGAAUACCAAAACCAGGAAUGAAAAACACCACAGGGAAAUCCUCAAGUGCCCCCAUUCCUGCAAAGGAAGGUGAGAGAAGCCGCAGCGGGAAAGCUAGCUCAGGUCUCUCUCAUCAGAAGUCUCAGCUGGACAGCAGACAUUCCAGCUCCUCAUCCAGCCUUGCCUCUUCGGAAGGAAAAGGUGUAGGAGGCCUCAACAGCAGCAGCAGCAGCCAAGCUGUCAACGGGCCCGCUGCGACAACGCACACCACAGGCAGCAGUACUGUGAGUGUUCAGCUACCUCAUCCCCAGCAGCAAUACAGCCACCCGAACACAGCCACGGUAGCUCCCUUCAUGUACAGAUCGCAGACAGACAAUGAAGGGAACGUAACAGCCGAGGCCAGCACAGGAGGGGUCAGCAUGGAAUCUGCUCUUUAUGUCAAAACUGGACAGCCUGCCCUUGAAGACCUCUCAGGAGAGGAUCCAGAAACCCGGCGGUUACGAACUGUGAAAAACAUUGCUGAUCUUCGACAGAACUUAGAGGAGACCAUGUCCAGUUUACGGGGAACCCAGGUCACUCACAGCACAUUGGAAACUACGUUUGACACCAACGUCACUACCGAGAUCAGUGGCCGCAGCAUCCUCAGCUUGACGGGCCGACCAACCCCCUUAUCGUGGAGACUGGGGCAGUCCAGCCCUCGCCUGCAGGCAGGCGACGCGCCGUCCAUGGGCAACGGGUACCCGCCGCGAGGCACCGCCGGGCGCUUCAUCGCCGCCGAGCCGGGCCGCUACGUGUACUCGGCACCUCUGCGGAGGCAGCUCGCCUCCCGCGGCAGCAGCGUCUGCCACGUCGACAUCUCGGACAAGGGAGGGGAUGAAAUGGAUCUGGAAGGCAUCACCAUGGACGCCACCGGCUACAUGAGCGACGGGGAUGUGCUGAGCAAGAAUAUCAGAGCUGAUGACAUCACGAGCGGAUAUAUGACCGAUGGUGGUCUGGGGCUCUAUACCCGAAGGCUGAACCGGCUGCCUGAUGGCAUGGCUGCCGUGCGGGAGACGAUGCAGCGGAAUACAUCACUGGGACUCGGGGAUGCUGACAGCUGGGAUGACAGCAGCUCUGUCAGCAGUGGGAUCAGUGACACCAUAGAUAAUCUCAGUACUGAUGACAUUAACACCAGCUCUUCUAUCAGCUCCUAUGCCAACACACCUGCCUCCUCCCGCAAAAACUUAGAUGCACAGACUGAUGCAGAGAAGCAUUCCCAGGUUGAGCGGAAUUCCUUGUGGUCCAGCGAUGAAGUCAAGAAAUCCGAUGGAGGAUCUGAUAGCGGCAUAAAAAUGGAGCCAGGAUCCAAGUGGAGACGGAAUCCCUCUGAUGUGUCGGAUGAAUCUGAUAAAAGCACUUCUGGUAGGAAGAACACUGUUAUUUCACAGACGGGCUCCUGGCGACGGGGCAUGUCGGCUCAGGUUGGCAUUACCACACCAAGGACUAAACCUUCAACCACCUCAGGCACAUUAAAGACACCUGGAACAGGGAAAACUGAUGACGCCAAGGUAUCAGAAAAGGGUAGACUAUCUCCUAAAGCUGGACAUGUUAAACGUUCCCCAUCAGAUGCAGGACGCAGCAGUGGUGAUGAAUCCAAAAAGCUUCCCACAAGUAACUCUAGAACAACUGCUGCUAAUGCUAAUACAUUUGGAUUUAAGAAACAAAGCGGGUCAGCCGUAGGCAUGACUAUAAUCACUGCCAGUGGGGCAACUAUCACCAGUAGAUCAGCUACCCUGGGUAAAAUCCCAAAGUCAUCUGGACUCAUGGGUAGGACCACUGGUCGGAAGACUAGUGUUGAUGGCUCCCAGAACCAGGAUGAUGGCUACUUAGCGCUUAGUGCCCGAACUAAUCUUCAGUAUCGUAGUUUACCCCGGCCCAGUAAAUCCAGUAGCAGAAGUGGAGCUGGGAAUAGAUCUAGCACGAGUAGCAUAGACUCCAACAUAAGCAGCAAAUCAGCUGGGUUGCCUGUCCCUAAAAUGAGAGAGCCUGCCAAGGUAAUCCUUGGAAACUCUCUGCCAGGAUUAGUCAAUCAGACUGAUAAAGAGAAAGGGAUUUCGUCUGACAACGAAAGCGUGGCCUCAUGUAAUUCUGUUAAAGUGAACCCUGCAUCACAGACUGCUUCUAGUGGAGCUCAGAGUACUCACCAGCAAGGAGCCAAGUACCCCGAUGUGGCCUCUCCCACUUUGCGCAGACUUUUUGGUGGCAAGCCUAGUAAACAAGUUCCCAUCACCACAGCGGAAAAUAUGAAAAAUUCAGUAGUCAUCUCCAAUCCUCACGCUACUAUGAACCAGCAGGGUAAUCUUGAUUCACCAUCUGGCAGUGGUAUGCUGAGCAGUGGAGGCAGCAGUCCUCUGUAUAGUAAAAACACAGAUAUGAACCAGUCUCCACUAGCUUCUAGUCCCAGUUCAGCACAUUCAGCUCCUUCCAACAGUUUAACGUGGGGUACCAACGCAAGUAGCUCUUCUGCUGUUAGCAAGGAUGGCAUUGGAUAUCAGUCUGUCAGCAGUCUUCAUACCAGCUGUGAAUCCAUUGAUAUCUCUCUGAGCAGUGGAGGUGGGCUGAGCCAUAAUUCCUCCAGUGGCUUGAUUCCGACCUCUAAAGAUGAUUCUCUGACUCCCUUUGUCCGAACCAACAGUGUUAAGACUACGUUGUCUGAAAGGUAUACUCCAUCCUCCCAGCUCCGUAAUCAAGAAGAUGCAAAGGAAUGGCUGCGUUCCCAUUCAGCAGGAGGACUUCAGGAUACUGCUGGCAAUUCUCCAUUUUCAUCUGGAUCCAGCGUAACAUCACCCUCUGGAACUAGAUUUAACUUCUCACAGCUUGCGAGCCCAACCACUGCAGCCCAGAUGAGCCUGUCAAAUCCAACCAUGCUACGGACCCACAGCCUUUCCAACGCAGAUGGUCCUUACGACCCCUACAGCGACACGCGCUUCAGGAACAGCUCCAUGUCCCUGGACGAGAAGAGCAGGACCAUGAGCCGCUCUGGCUCUUUCCGCGAUGGCUUUGAAGAAGUGCAUGGCUCAUCUCUCUCUUUGGUGUCCAGUACAUCAUCUAUUUAUUCAACACCUGAAGAGAAGUGCCAGUCAGAGAUUCGCAAGCUACGAAGAGAGUUGGAUGCAUCCCAAGAAAAAGUGUCAGCUCUGACAACUCAGUUGACUGCCAAUGCUCACCUGGUGGCAGCGUUUGAGCAGAGCCUGGGGAACAUGACAAUCAGACUGCAGAGCCUGACCAUGACAGCAGAACAAAAGGAUUCAGAACUGAAUGAGUUAAGGAAGACAAUUGAACUACUGAAGAAGCAAAAUGCUGCUGCCCAGGCUGCCAUCAAUGGAGUCAUCAACACACCUGAGCUCACCUGCAAAGGACCUGCAGCUGCUCAGCCCACAGACCUACGAAUCCGAAGGCAGCACUCAUCAGAUAGUGUCUCCAGUAUUAACAGUGCUACCAGUCACUCCAGUGUGGGAAGCAACAUAGAGAGUGAUUCAAAGAAAAAGAAGAGGAAAAACUGGCUACGCAGCUCCUUCAAGCAAGCUUUUGGUAAAAAGAAAUCUCCCAAGUCAGCAUCUUCUCAUUCAGAUAUUGAGGAGAUGACUGAUUCCUCGUUACCUUCUUCACCAAAGCUACCACACCAUAACUCCACUGUUUCAACACCGUUGCUGAGAGCUUCCCAUUCCAAUUCUCUGAUUUCUGAAUGCACUGACAGUGAAGCUGAAACGGUGAUGCAGUUACGAAAUGAGCUGAGAGACAAGGAGAUGAAGUUGACUGAUAUUCGUUUGGAAGCCCUUAGCUCUGCUCAUCAGCUUGACCAGCUUAGAGAGGCAAUGAACAGAAUGCAGGGUGAGAUUGAAAAGCUAAAAGCAGAAAAUGAUCGUCUGAAAUCUGAAAACCACGGCAGCUGUAGCAGAGCUCAGUCUCAGGUUUCCAUCUCAUCCUCUCCAAGACAUUCAGUGGGUCUCUCUCAACACAGUUUGAACCUCACGGAGUCAACCAGUCUCGACAUGCUGUUAGAUGACACUGGAGAUGGCUCUGCCCGGAAAGAAGGAGGCAGGCACGUCAAAAUAGUUGUUAACUUUCAGGAUGAAAUGAAAUGGAAGGAGGAUUCGAGGCCCCGCACCUUCCUCAUAGGCUGCAUCGGGGUCAGUGGCAAGACCAAAUGGGAUGUUCUGGAUGGGGUUGUAAGACGGUUAUUUAAGGAAUAUAUCAUUCACGUGGAUCCCGUGAGCCAGCUGGGGCUGAAUUCAGACAGCGUUCUGGGCUACAGCAUCGGAGAAAUCAAACGCACUAACAGUGCAGAGACACCUGAGCUGUUGCCCUGUGGCUAUCUAGUUGGAGAGAACAACACUAUUUCAGUUACCAUCAAAGGUAUCUGUGAGAACAGUUUGGAUGGUCUGGUGUUCGAAUCACUGAUCCCAAAGCCUAUCCUGCAGCGUUACGUCUCUCUCCUGAUGGAACACAGGCGGAUUAUCUUAUCUGGGCCCAGUGGCACUGGUAAAACGUACCUGGCAAACCGUCUGUCUGAGUACAUGGUCCUCAGAGAGGGCAGGGAGCUGGCUGAUGGCAUUAUUGCAACCUUCAAUGUGGACCAUAAAUCCAGUAAGGAACUCCGCCAAUACCUGUCCAACCUUGCAGACCAGUGUAACAGUGAAAACAACGCUGUGGAUAUGCCUCUUGUCAUCAUUUUGGAUAAUUUGCAUCAUGUUAGCUCCCUGGGAGAGAUCUUUAAUGGACUUCUAAACUGCAAGUACCACAAAUGCCCUUAUAUUAUUGGCACAAUGAACCAAGCCACCUCCUCAACACCUAACCUUCAACUUCACCACAAUUUCAGAUGGGUGCUAUGUGCUAACCACACUGAGCCAGUCAAAGGCUUCCUUGGCCGUUUCCUGAGAAGAAAACUAAUUGAAACCGAGAUCAGUGGCAGGAUGAGAAAUGCAGAGCUGGUUAAAAUUAUUGAUUGGAUUCCCAAGGUCUGGCAACAUCUGAACAAAUUCUUGGAGGCUCACAGCUCCUCUGAUGUUACUAUUGGUCCACGCCUCUUCCUCUCCUGUCCAAUAGAUGUAGAUGGUUCUAGAGUUUGGUUUACUGACUUGUGGAACUACUCCAUCAUCCCAUAUCUUCUGGAGGCAGUUAGAGAAGGGCUACAGUUGUAUGGGAGGAGAGCACCCUGGGAAGAUCCUGCCAAAUGGGUGAUGGACACCUACCCUUGGGCAGCCACCCCCCAGCACCACGAGUGGCCUCCUCUGCUGCAGCUGCGGCCUGAAGACGUGGGCUUUGAUGGCUACUCCAUGUCACGGGAAGGCUCAACCAGCAAACAAGUUCCAGUGAGUGAUGCCGAAGGAGAUCCUUUGAUGAACAUGCUAAUGAGACUACAAGAAGCAGCCAACUACUCAAGUCCCCAGAGUUACGACAGCGACUCUAACAGCAACAGCCAUCACGAUGACAUCCUCGACUCGUCUCUGGAGUCGACGUUGUGAUUUUCCUCAGACAGAAAUAGGUUGUUUCCAUGAUUGCUUUCCCACUUGGCAAGAACCCUGAUCACAGAUGCAUGAAAAGAACACGAUCCUGGGCUGGGCUGGGGUCUCAGUAUUAGAGCUGCAAGAACAAGACACUUGGAGUCAGUCUUGAACCUGGGUGCAGGCAACCCAAGCAACCUUUAUAUUGUUUUCUUUUGAAAAUGAUGAGAACUGCACUAUUCCUUUGUUUUCAUCUGUUUAGUUGCUGUAAGCUCUCAUGCCUAAGAUACUGAAGAUGUUAAAAAUAAUCAUCAUUACUAAAGUUGAAGGGUUAAGGGGGGGAAACUUCACAGCUAUGAAGCGAACAGCUUUAUGCCAUGUACUGUCUAGGAGAGGGGAGAGGAAAUUUUUGCCUAUGCUGCUUCUGACCAAACACAUUUAGGUGAGGGCUGGACUUUUACCACUCAGCUUUGCAGAUUAAACUCAACUUCGUAUAGUUCUGGUGCUAUAACAGUAUCGCUUGCCUUGGUAAUAAUACUCCAUAAAGGCAAAGCUGCAAAACAGGGAAGUUUGAAUAAAUAUUUAAAAAGAAAAUGUUUAAAAAUCAAAAAAAAAAAAAAGAGAGAGAAAAAAGAAAAGAAAAAGCACUGCUCUCCUUGCCAGUCUGAGACCUUGGCUUGCUUUCAGUGUGUGUUUAUAAAGAGAUAUAUAUAAAUAGGAAUAUAUAAGAAUAUAUAUACAGUCUGAACAAAUCAGGUUUUUUCCAAACACUGUGUAACAAUCAAUCCUGCUACAAGUGAAAGAUCAGGUAGCCCUUUGCUAGUCAGGGCCUGAUUCUCUUCCCACUCCCAUCCAUGUAACCCACUCCUUGGCUGACUUCAGUGGCAUUACACCCGUUGUAGUUACACCGUGGGGAGGGAGUUUCUCUCCUCCUCCUCCGCAGAAGUCAGCGAAAGGGCUGUGCCUCGCCAAGUCCUACAGCUCCAAAGGAUCUUUGGCAGUGCCAGGGGUGUUGUGAGCCCUGUACACAGAGAUGAGCGACACCUCUGAAGAGGAAUUAAUCGAGACUUGUCCGUUUUUAAUCCUUGCCAUGAAAUGUUACAGCUGUUUCCUAAAAACUUUGGGUUUUGUUCAGAGGUUUCGUUCCGAUCAGCACAACCAUAAAUGGGUCAAUGAACACUCAGCUCUGUGACAGUUCCAGUGCUACUCUGAUGACGACAUUUACUUCUGUGGUUUUUCUUUUUCAUCAAAGAAGUGAAUAAGUUAGUGUUUUAGCAGUAUUCAGGUCUAAGGGAAAAGGAGGGAAGGUGCCACACCUUUUGAUUUGAGCUGGGCCAUGCUUUUGACUUUUGGCAGAGCUGUGAACCUGGGUUUAUUUCUCCUCCUCUCUGAACGCACACACCUACACUAUCAGUGUUAAGGCUUGUACUUCUGUUGGGGAACAAGAACACCUCCCAAAGAAUUGCACUUUCCUUUUGGUGGAAGCAGACGUUCACCGUCACCACAACGUCAGCUGUACCUCAGCAAAAACAGCACUCCUCAAUGCUGAUCUGUACUAGCCUUCCCAGCUAUCUUUUGGUGCUGACUUUUAAAGCGAUGCCUUAUUUUGUACUAAUUGUGUUUGAUUAAAUUAGUGCUGUAUAUUAUGGAAUUUUAUUUAAAGAAACAGGGCUAAAGUCAUCUCUUGGAAUAUCAUAAGUUGCUGUGAAUACUGUUUGUAUGAGAUACUAGAAUUUGUUUAAAUGUGACAAAAAAAAGGAGGGAAAUGCGUUAACUUUUCAGGUUCAUAUCAAUCUGCAGCUAAUAAAUCACUGAAGAGCUGUUUUAUCCAUGCAGGGGGAAAGAAGAAAAAAAGCUUCUCAACUCUAAUAAAUGCUGUCAUUGAUAGAUUACAGGAAUAUGAUGGUUUUUCGAGACACAGAAAACUUCUAACAACCACUUUUUUUAAGAGCUUGUGGGUUUAAAGUCAAACAACAGACAAGUUCGUGCUUCUGUGACGCAGCUUGAGAGGAUCGUUUUGUUAUACCUCAUGACUUUCUGUACCAUAACUGUACUUUGUCUUAUUGAGCUGGUCUUGAACCUGCUCCUGUUACAACUUGUAAGUGCUGAUGACUCUUUUUUUCUUUUUUAUUUUCUAAGAAAAAUACUGUAAAAGAAAAAAAAUUAAAUAUUUUAAUGACUGGGGAGGGGGGAAAAAGAGUUUGGUGUUGUUACUGUUUUAACCUUACGAACUCUACUUCAUUGAUUUCACUGAAUUAAGUACCUGAGGUUACUCAGCCAACGUUCCUAAUCCAGUCCUUGAUACUGUAAAGAAUGGGAUAAAUCUGUAUGGAAUCAAACACAUAAGCAUGCUGGUAUGAUGAGUUUGAGAGAAGUCGAGUUUUUUUUUCCAGUAGUCUUGACAAUUCUGCUUCCCAGCACUGACUUGAGCUGCUACUACUGUGAAUUUUGGUACCUAAUCCCCCAACUGAAUCCAUGCAAAUAAAAGCAUGUGCCUGUUAAAUAUCCAGUUGCAGGGCUAGGGCUUUAAAUGGACUUAAUAUCCUAGAAGACAUCUCAGUUAACCUUUGACUGAGUGCUGAGACGUGUUUAAAAUAGUGUUUUGUUUGUGGGGAACGGGGUAUUUAAUUUUUUUCCCUCAUUUUUAAUCCUGUGCCUAAGCUCAGGAAGGAAUUUCUGUUAUCUGUUGGGGUUUUUUUUAUUGACACUAGCUUGGAUUACAGUGAGAGAGGCAAUUUUGAGUAGGGUAGGCAUUCUUAGCACCACGAUAUUCCGUGUCUUUCUCUGCAACUUCGGGAAGCAGGGUUACCUGUUGUGCACACGUCUUAGUUCUUAUCAAGACUUUUCAUAGAUUUAGGUCUUUUCUUUAAGUGAGUUCAUUCUGAUUUAAGACUUUUUCAAAACACCUCCUUUGGGUUUUUUGGGCCUUUUUUUUUCCCUUACAAAGUUGGCUUCUUAAAAAACAAGAAAGAAAUCCCAAGAUUCUAUGCAACAUUCAUGCCGAGUUAUAGAUUGAAAGUAUAAACCAUUUUCUUUCAGAACUGUCAAGAAUGAUAAUGGGCCAUAAAUGAGAUGUGGUUUGUUCGGGGAAGGGGGGAGGGAGAGGGGAUCGAUUAGCCUUUUUGUACAUUUUGGAAGCAACAAACUGAUAUUUCAUUGUUGAUGCUUAACUUCGAUAUUACGUGUAUGAAAUCUCGUCUAAAUGUGGCAGUUUUCUUUCAAGGGGGAAAAAAGAAAACACAACAAAAACCAAGCAAAAAAAUCUUUCUUUGUCGAUAUUAAAUGGAAGGUUGCUGUUUUGAUCUAGUCGUUUCCAGUGGAACAGUUUAUGAAAUAUGUUCUAUAAGAUGUACAUUUUUUCAUUGUAACAUAGAAAUGUAAAUAUCUGAUUAAAAGUGCUGCAUUUUGAUGAAUUUUUUCUAGCCAUUUUUAAAGAGAAAAACUAGGAAUUGAGUAUUUUGUGUACGUUUAUGAUGUUUUCCAUUUGCCCCUCUCCCUAUUUAAUUUUCAGUUCUCAUUUAGGAUUGGAAUUUGUGAAUGGUCUGUUUGAGAUCAUACUUCCCCUUUCUCACCCUCCCCGUUUCUCCCCCUUCCCCACCCCCUGUGUCAUGGAGAAUAAAGCUGAUGAUUGUACCAGUCUUAAAUUAUUCAUGAUUCAAUAA